UAAGAUUUGAGCAAAGACGAGGAUAAGCGAACCCUAGCUACUAGCUAGUUGAAGGUUAAGCUAAGUUAGAUUUGAGCAGGAAGGCUCGACCACGAGGCUUCGUCAAGCUCCAGUUUUACUCUGCUUAGGGCCAACACUUUCUGAUUGAUUCUCAUCGACUCCACUUCACUUUUCCCUAGCUCGCAGUUCUUCGUGAAAUUAUUAUAUUAUUUGCUUUCCGGUAGUGGAAAUGAGCAGCCGCUUCUCUCGCACAAUCUAUGUUGGCAACCUACCCUCAGAUAUAAGAGAAUGGGAGGUUGAAGAUCUUUUCUACAAGUAUGGUCGUAUUUUGGAUAUUGAGUUGAAGAUUCCACAUCGCCCUCCAUGUUUUUGUUUUGUUGAGUUUGAGGAUCCCCGAGAUGCUGAAGAUGCAAUCAGAGGUCGAGAUGGUUAUAACUUUGAUGGUUGUCGUUUGAGGGUUGAGCUUGCACAUGGUGGUAGAGGACAAUCCUCAAGUGAUCGUCGUGGUGGGUAUGGUGGUGGUGCAGCUAAGUUUGGUGUAUCACGUCACUCUGAAUUUCGAGUUCGCGGGCUCCCUUCUUCUGCUUCCUGGCAAGAUUUGAAGGAUCACAUGCAAAAAGCUGGUGAUGUGUGUUUUGCAGAAAUUUCACGUGACAGUGAUGGUACUUUUGGUAUUGUUGAUUUUACCAAUUAUGAUGACAUGAAAUAUGCUAUUCGUAAACUUGAUGAUACCGAGUUUAGAAAUCCUUGGGCUAGAGCUUACGUUCGGGUGAAGAAAUACGAGAGCAGCCCUUCCAGUAGUAGUGGGAGUAGAAGUAGAAGCCGCAGCGUUAGAAGAGACCGGAGUAAAUCACAGGAAAGAUGUCCGUCCAAAUUACCUGUUAAAUCCAGAUCUGCCUCUCCUGUCAAGUCACCCAGGUAA